AGGUAGUGGGAUUUUCAAGAGUGCAAGUGGUCGGAUUACUGACGGCUGUAUACGCAGGAGUGUGCAAGUAUCAUGUUCCAGUUUACUGUUUUAUUCAGCAUGCCGAUGGGAGUAAAAUUAAAUCGACGGGGGCCGCACUUUAAAAGACACUGUAUCACAGGCUCAUGAGCCAGUUGAUUCGUGUUCUUAUCUCACCUGUAAACCAUCGUUUUAGGAGUGAACUUUUUUAUUUUUUACUUGAUUUGCUUCUAUCAUUCAUUUUAUUUAUUUUUUCUGGUGUGCGUUUAGUGGAUUCUUUUUCCGCGGCGAAAAUGAGGAUCUUGUGCCUCAUUAUGGUUGGAGCGUUUCUCCUUUCCAUUGCCAUUGCGGAAAAUAGUGAUUCUCAAAGAGUGAAUGGUAAACCACAUGCUUCGACGGCCGCCUACCGCAGCCCGUCACAAUUGAGAAACGUCCCGUGGUCUUUACGUCGAGUCAGUGAGAAUAGUCCAGUCUUCACUCCAUCAAACAAUAUGAUCAUAUCGGAUAAUAUAGCAUCUCCCGCAAUAUCUGUGUCACAAUACAUUCAUCGAGAGCAAAAAACUACGAUGCCAGUGGAGGAUUCUAUGAUUUUGGAGCCGAUGCAUAAACAUUCUUCACGUUCUAGUUGGAUGGAUUGGAUGCCAGAUUUUUUUGAUGAUGAUCCACCUCCAGAACCAGGUCCUUUAAUUGGACCGAUCGAUUUUCCGGGUCUAAGUCGUAAUUUAUAUAUUAGACAAAAUGAGCCAUUAGACGAUGAUACGAAUCACGUUGUGAUCCACGUAAUCAAUCGAAAAACGCCAUCUUACUUUCCUGCAUCUUCUGCGUUGGUAACUCAUGAAAAUAAUCAAAAUCCGAGUCAACAUGCUGGAAGUUUCUAUACAAAUCCAAUCAAGUCACCGGAAAUUGAAUUCCAAACUGCGCCAUUCCCGUACAAGUUGGUCGAAGGACAUCCUUGGAAGCUUCAGACUCACACUUCAGACGACAAAGAAAUCAAAGAGAAAAAUUCACAGUAUUCGCUCAUUGGUAUCCCAACAGAAGUAACUAAUGACAAAUUUCAUUUUAGACAAUUUUCAACAACUGCAAAACCAGCUGUAAGUCCUCGACCUAGUAUUGCUUGGAAUCAAAGGUUGGACAGCCAGACUUUUAUCAUCGAGGACAGAGGCCAACACUACGGUCGAAACAUAGAGUCACAAAGUCCCGUGAUGUUUCCUACACCAAAUAGAACGUCGACAGCUAUCAAACAAGAGCAAAAAUACGCGUGGCAACGCAAAUAUGGCUACCAGAACAAUACGAAAGUCCCUAGCGAUAACGUUCGCAUGGCGACAGAUAACCUACACGCUAAACUGACUCAAAUUCCAAUUGCCAAUCGUCGACAGGUGAAUCGGAUCAACAAUGCUCCAUCUCGUGUUUCUAGAACCAGUGAUACCUCGUCUAGGCUUCCGAUAAACCAAUUCUCGCACUCUGACAUGGUUAAUGAAACGCAAAGGUCAUCAGUUUAUAUACGAGAACCUGCCCUUCCCGAAGUUAAGAAUCUUGAUUUAAAUUUCGUAACCCGUGAGGUUUCGCCUAGGCAGCCUAGAAACUAUUUGCCUCAUUUUAACAAGGUUAACGAAACGCCAAGAUCACCUGUUUACAUACACAAGCCUUCAAUCUUGAAAAUUAAAGAAGCUUUAGAGGUUAUUAAUGCAUCUAUAGUAAAUAAUACAACUGAUGGUUUGACAGGCAAAACAAGUGAUAACGUCAUGCAUAAUAUCAUGACAAUGACAGCAAGUCAACAGUGGAAGAAUAUUACUGCGAACCUUGUUGAAAGUGAGAAGUCACUUAUUAAGUCUGUGGAAGCCGAACGAAGAAUAGAUAUUAUGACCGACGACGAAAAACAAACCAAAGAGUCAACAAUUACAACAACAACUACCACUACUACCACUACUGUCGCGCCGUCUGCCUCGACAACAUGUAAAACAGGCAAAAUCAAGGCUAAUAUGGAAGAAGCAGUCGAGAAAAUGAUGAGCUCUUUCAGUCAGUGGCGAUACAAAGUAGUUAGCACAAAUUUCUUGAAGGAACUUGACAGCAAGGAAGAAAACAGGAGCAACCAAGACAGAUAAUUCGUCAAAUUAAUAAUAAUUAAUUUACCGUUGGUGAAACUGAUGAGAAUGCGAGAGAGUAAAAACUGAAGUACACGUUCAUUGUUAUUAAUUAAUAUAACUAAAUUAUAAGUAACAUGUGUCUGAAGAAUUCAUAUUUUAUUUUACUUGUAUGAGAUCUUAAACGUAUAAUAACUUUUAAUUAGUUUAGUUUAAUGCUUUUAUUGUACAAACGAAACAUUUUCAUAUUGACUUUUGAAAUCUGUAAACUAUUUUUUUAAUUAGUUUAAGGACUGGAUCCUUUAUGCAACAUAAUACAGUUUGUAUAAGAUUCUUGUAUUUUAUUUAAAGACGAUAAGGUUAAUAUAUAUGA